AUGAACAUACAGCAGACUGAACCAUCAGUCGAGAAACUAGAAGAAAAAGCAAGAAAAUGGCAACAAAUGCAAUCAAAGCGGUAUGGAGAAAAGAGGAAGUUUGGUUUUAUUGAACACGAAAAAGCUGAUAUGCCACCAGAACAUAUCAGAAAGAUUAUUAAAGAUCAUGGAGACAUGUCGAGUAAGAAAUAUAGACAUGAUAAACGAAUCUAUUUAGGUGCCUUAAAAUAUGUACCACAUGCAGUAUUAAAGCUGCUAGAAAAUAUGCCAAUGCCAUGGGAACAAGUUCGUGAAGUACCCGUUUUAUAUCAUAUUACUGGAGCAAUCACAUUCGUUAAUGAAAUUCCGUGGGUUAUUGAACCUGUGUAUAUAGCACAAUGGGGUACUAUGUGGAUUAUGAUGCGUCGCGAAAAACGCGAUAGACGACAUUUUAAACGUAUGCGUUUCCCACCAUUUGAUGACGAAGAGCCUCCAUUAGAUUAUGGUGAUAAUAUUUUAGAUGUAGAACCAUUGGAAGCAAUUCAAAUGGAAUUAGAAGAGGAUGAAGAUGCGCCAGUUUAUGAGUGGUUAUAUGAUCAUAAACCUUUGAUGGACACUAAGUUCGUGAAUGGGUCAACAUAUCGGCGGUGGAAAUUAAGUUUGCCUAAAAUGUCCACUUUAUAUCGUUUAGCACACCAAUUGUUGUCAGACUUGACAGAUCAAAAUUAUUUCUAUUUAUUUGAUUUAAAGUCAUUUUUCACUGCUAAAGCAUUAAAUUUGGCGAUUCCUGCUGGACCAAAGUUUGAGCCAUUGUAUAGAGAUAUGGAUGCGGCUGAUGAUGAUUGGAAUGAGUUUAAUGAUAUAAAUAAGAUUAUUAUUAGGCAACCCAUUCGUACAGAAUAUAAAAUAGCUUUCCCUUUCCUAUAUAAUUCUUUGCCACGUUCCGUCCAAGUAUCAUGGUAUCACGAACCUUCGGUCGUUUAUAUUCGUGCUGAGGAUCCUGAUUUACCUGCAUUUUAUUUUGAUCCUAUCAUAAAUCCUAUUUCAUCGCGCAAUGUUGCUGCUGCACAAGACCUUCGAAAUUUACAUGAAGACGAAAUAUUUGGUGAAAAAGAUAUAGAUACAGAAUUUUCACUUCCAAGCAGAAUUGUACCAUUUUUAGAAGAUCGACCAUUAUAUACAGACACGACAGCUGACGGAAUUGCAUUAUGGUGGGCACCUUAUCCUUUUAAUAAGCGUAGCGGUCGAAUGAGACGAGCUGAAGAUAUACCUUUAGUAAAGAAUUGGUAUCUUGAACAUUGUCCUCCUGGACAGCCUGUGAAAGUUCGUGUCUCUUAUCAAAAGCUCAUAAAGUGUUAUGUUUUAAAUGCUUUGAAACAUCGCUCUCCGAAAUCCUUGAACAAGAAAUACUUGUUCCGUCAACUUAAAUCUACAAAAUUCUUCCAAACUACUGAACUGGAUUGGGUUGAGGCUGGAUUACAAGUUUGUCGUCAAGGGUACAAUAUGCUUAACCUUUUGAUCCAUCGUAAGAAUCUCAAUUACUUGCAUUUGGAUUACAAUUUCAACUUAAAACCCGUGAAAACACUUACCACAAAAGAACGUAAAAAGUCUCGAUUUGGAAAUGCCUUCCAUUUAUGUCGAGAAAUUUUACGGUUGACCAAGUUGGUCGUUGAUUCACACGUACAAUAUCGCUUGGGUAAUGUAGAUGCAUUCCAGUUAGCUGAUGGUUUACAAUAUAUAUUUGCACAUGUCGGUCAACUCACUGGAAUGUACAGAUACAAAUACCGUUUAAUGAGACAAAUUAGAUUGUGUUUCAGCGGGGACACCAAAAUUAUGAUGCCAAACGGAACUUUUAAAGAAGCAAAGGAUAUAGCUGUUGGAGAUCAAGUAUUGGGUGAUGACGGUGAACCUCGUCGCGUAAUUUCACGUACUCGAGGUCAUGGAAUUAUGUAUCGCAUAAAUCUCUCUAAGAUAAAAGGUGAUGGAUUCGUUUGUAACGGACAACAUAUUCUCGUGCUUAAGUCCAAAUUCCAUCCUACGAUCGAAGUAGACGAAAAAGGACAAUCGAUUACUGUUGUUUAUAUGUCAUUCGAUACAUAUGACAGAGAUCUUAGUUUAAAACUUCCGACUAUUUCUUCUAAAAGCUUUUCUUGGAAUCUUAACGUUUAUGACAGUUAUGAGGCAGCGAAGAAAGCGGCUUCUAAACGUUUAGAAGAACUAAUUGUGCUUGGUUAUAAAGGUCAGCUCUGUUCAGGAUUUAAUCGAUGGACAAUACAAUUAAGUUAUGAAUCACCAUAUACCAAACCUUUGGAAUAUGAUGGACUUAAUUUUUACUGGAAACAACCAAAAAAUAAAAGAAUUUAUAAACACGAGGACGCUAUAGUUCGAGCAAAUAAUUUUGUAGAGAAACAAAAUGAAUUCAUUAGGAAUUUUGUUUGGGAAGUUUCCGUUGAGAAUUACCUACGAUUCCAUAAGAAAUAUCCAUAUGUUGCCGAGUAUAUUAGAAUGUACCGUUGUUCUGUUCUAAAAUUCCCUGAAUCAAGUACUUUAAAUAUUAAAUCCUUGAUUCAAGAUUCAUUUAAAGAAGCUGGUGUUUACAAUAAUUACCUUGAUGAGGGUGAACUUGCUUGGCUUUUAGGUGCAUGGCUCGGCAAUGGCGAUGCAUUAAGACCAAUAAUUUAUCUUCAUUCUGAGAAUUCUCGUAACGUGUUAAUUAAAUUAAGAGAGAUUUCUGAAAAAUUACAACUAAACCUUGUAAUUGUGGACAAGCCAGAUGAAUGUUACAAAGGAAUUCUUCUUUCCACAACUUCAGAAUCAAUUAUUAAGAAGUCAGUAAUUAAAUAUGAUGAGCUUGGAUUUCCAAUAGUGGAUAAUGAUGAGUUAAUUCUUAAAUCCGGUCAAAAUAUAUACAAUAUCUUUAUAAAUAUUCUCAAACGUUUGGGAAUAUUUGAAAACAAUAAAGUAUUUGACGAUAAUUUGAUCUGUGGCUUUACAAAUCAAUCGGAACAUUUUCGACUUAAUCUUUUGGCGGGACUUAUUGAUACCACCGGCUACAUUAAAUAUCAUAAACGAAAUCGUUGUAGUUACGAAGUUUCUCAAGGUCUAAAGUCUCAUAUGCGUAUCGAGCGCCUUGUUCGCCAUGUGUCACUUUCCUUAGGGUUAAAGGCAACGAUUAGCACAGAUGUAGAACAACUACAUGGUAGUGAUAAAAGAAGAAUCGCAGAAUCGGUUCGAAUAAUUAUUAGUGGAUCAAAAAUCAAUGACAUUCCAGUUGUCGUUGAUCAUAAACGAAUACCUGGAGAACAAAGGUUGAUGACAUAUAGAAAUUCUAAUGGAUGCAUUAAAUUUUCCAUCGAGCGCUUAAAUGAAGAUGAUUAUUAUGGCUUUGGAGUAGAUGGAAAUAAUGAAAGAAUAUUACUAAAUGAUUUCUUGGUGUCACAUAACUGUAAAGACUUGAAGCACCUUAUUUAUUAUCGUUUUAACACGGGACCAGUAGGGAAGGGUCCAGGUUGUGGUUUUUGGGCUCCAGGAUGGCGUGUUUGGCUAUUUUUCAUGAGGGGUAUUGUUCCUUUAUUAGAAAGAUGGCUUGGAAAUUUAUUGGCACGUCAUUUUGAAGGUCGUCAUUCUAAGGGAAUUGCCAAGACUGUAACAAAGCAACGUGUUGAAUCUCAUUAUGACCUUGAACUUCGUGCUGCCGUUAUGCAUGAUAUCUUGGAUAUGAUGCCGGAAGGCAUCAAAGCUAAUAAAUCCAAGACUAUUUUACAGCAUCUUAGUGAGGCUUGGAGAUGUUGGAAAGCAAACGUUCCUUGGCAUAUUAUGGGAAUGCCUAAACCGAUCGAAAAUAUGAUCCUUAGAUAUGUUAAGAGCAAAGCCGACUGGUGGACUAGUGUUGCGCAUUAUAAUCGUGAAAGAAUUCGAAGAGGUGCAACCGUUGACAAAACGGUAUGCAAAAAAAAUCUUGGACGUUUGACGCGUUUGUGGUUGAAAGCCGAACAAGAACGUCAACAUAAUUAUCUCAAAGAUGGUCCUUAUAUUACUGCCGAAGAAGCCGUUGCGAUUUACACGUCCACUGUCCAUUGGUUAGAAAGUCGUAAAUUUUCACCCAUUCCUUUCCCACCACUUUCAUAUAAACAUGACACCAAAUUAUUAAUUUUGGCGCUCGAAAGAUUGAAAGAGGCUUAUAGUGUAAAAGGAAGACUUAAUCAAAGUCAACGCGAAGAAUUGGGAUUAAUCGAACAAGCUUAUGACAAUCCACACGAAGCACUUAGUCGAAUUAAACGUUUAUUGUUGACCCAGCGGGCAUUUAAAGAAGUUGGAAUCGAAUUUAUGGAUCUUUAUAGCCACUUGAUUCCAGUAUUUGACGUUGAACCUCUUGAAAAGAUUACUGAUGCGUAUCUUGAUCAAUAUCUUUGGUACGAGGGAACAAAGAGAAAUUUAUUUCCUGCAUGGAUUAAACCUUCUGACACUGAACCACCACCAUUGCUUGUCUAUAAAUUCUGUCAAGGAAUUAACAAUUUGACAGAUGUAUGGGAUACAUCUGAAGGACAAAUCAAUGUCAUGUUGGAAACUCAAUUUAGUAAAGUCUAUGAAAAGAUAGAUUUGACUUUAUUAAACAGAUUAUUAAGAUUAAUCCUGGAUCACAAUCUCGCCGAUUACAUGACAGCGAAGAAUAACGUAGUUCUAAACUACAAAGACAUGAAUCAUGUUAAUGCAUAUGGCUUAAUUCGUGGUUUGCAAUUCGCAAGUUUCAUAUUCCAAUAUUAUGGCCUCAUUCUUGACUUGUUAGUUCUUGGAUUACAACGAGCAUCUGAAAUGGCAGGGCCAGCCUCGAUGCCUAAUGACUUUCUUCAAUUCCGUGAUGUUGUAACCGAAACUAGACAUCCGAUAAGAUUGUACUGUCGUUAUAUCGAUAAAGUUCAUAUAUUUUUCCGAUUUAAUGCUGAAGAAGCUAGAGACCUUAUUCAACGUUAUUUAACAGAACAUCCUGAUCCAAAUUCGGAAAAUAUAGUUGGGUAUAAUAAUAAGAAAUGUUGGCCACGAGAUUGUAGGAUGAGACUUUUCAAGAGUGAUGUUAAUGCUGGAAGAGCAGUAUUUUGGGAUAUUAAGAAUAGAUUACCUCGUUCAUUAACCACAAUCGAAUGGGAGGACACUUUUUGUAGUGUUUAUUCGAAGGAUAAUCCAAACGUUUUGUUUUCAAUGUGUGGUUUUGAAGUAAGAAUACUUCCAAAGAUUCGAAAUCUUAACGAAGAAUUUACACUUAAGGAUGGUGUUUGGAAUUUGAUUAACGAACAAACAAAAGAAAGAACUGCACAAGCUUUCCUUCGCGUUGAUGAAGAAUCAAUGCAAAAGUUUCAUAAUCGUGUCCGACAAAUUUUAAUGGCUAGCGGCAGUACCACAUUCAGUAAAAUCAGUAACAAGUGGAACACCUGCUUAAUUGGUUUGAUGUCUUACUAUAGAGAAGCAGUUGUACAUACUCGUGAACUGUUGGAUAUUAUUGUGAAAGCGGAAAAUAAGAUUCAAACCAGAAUUAAGAUAGGUCUUAACAGUAAAAUGCCUAGUCGUUUCCCUGUGCACGUGUUUUAUUGUCCCAAAGAAUUGGGUGGCCUUGGUAUGUUGUCGAUGGGUCAUGUGCUUAUUCCUCAAUCUGAUUUACGCUGGAGUAAACAAACAGAAACGCAGAUUACACACUUUCGCGCCGGGAUGUCACAUGAGGAAGAUCAAUUGAUUCCUAAUUUAUUCCGAUAUCUUCAACCAUGGGAGUCCGAAUUCAUUGAUUCUCAACGUGUAUGGGCGGAAUAUGCACUCAAGCGUCAAGAAGCUAAUGCUCAAAAUAGACGAUUAACACUUGAAGAUCUUGAAGAUUCUUGGGAUAGAGGGUUACCUAGAAUUAAUACUUUGUUCUCAAAAGAUCGACAUACUCUUGCUUACGAUAAAGGAUGGCGGGUCAGAAAUGAUUUUAAACAAUAUCAAGUACUAAAGAAUAAUCCAUUCCAUUGGACCAGUUCGCGUCAUGACGGAAAGCUUUGGUCUCUCAACAAUUAUCGAACUGAUGUCAUUCAAGCACUUGGAGGCGUUGAAGGCAUUCUAGAGCACACUCUUUUCAAAGGAACUUAUUUUACCACAUGGGAAGGCAACUUAUUAACGUUUUAUUUUAAAAUUUUAGGUCUCUUCUGGGAGAAAGCAUCCGGAUUUGAGGAAUCUAUGAAAUAUAAGAAAUUAACAAAUGCUCAAAGAUCCGGCCUUAAUCAAAUUCCGAACAGAAGGUUUACCUUGUGGUGGUCUCCAACUAUUAAUCGUGCCAAUGUAUAUGUUGGUUUCCAAGUACAACUUGAUCUCACGGGUAUCUUUAUGCAUGGAAAAAUUCCCACAUUGAAAAUUUCACUUAUUCAAAUAUUCCGGGCUCAUUUAUGGCAAAAAGUAUUCGAUUCGGAGCUUGAAAGUUUACAGAUCGAAACAGUUCAAAAGGAGAGUAUUCAUCCGAGAAAAUCAUACAAGAUGAAUUCCUCGUGUGCAGACAUAUUACUUUUCGCUGCAUACAAGUGGAAUGUGUCCAAACCAUCAUUAUUGAAUGAUAAUAAAGACACCAUGGACGGUACUACAACUUCGCGUUGGUUUGUCGAUGUACAACUUAGAUUUGGUGAUUUUGAUUCUCAUGACAUUGAAAGAUAUACCAGAGCAAAAUUCUUAGAUUAUUCUACAGAUAAUAUGAGUAUUUAUCCAUCGCCAUUUGGCAUUAUGAUUGGUAUAGAUCUCGCGUAUAAUUUACAUAGUGCGUAUGGUCAUUGGAUUCCUGGAAUGAAACCAUUAAUACAAUCAGCAAUGGCUAAGAUUAUGAAGGCAAAUCCUGCGUUAUACGUUUUGCGUGAACGUAUCCGUAAAGGUUUACAAUUAUAUUCCUCGGAGCCAACUGAACCUUACUUAUCAUCACAAAAUUAUUCUGAAUUGUUUAGCAAUCAGAUUAUUUGGUUCGUUGAUGACACCAAUGUAUAUCGUGUAACCAUUCACAAGACAUUUGAAGGCAAUUUGACCACGAAACCAAUAAACGGAGCUAUUUUCAUUUUUAAUCCAAGAACUGGACAAUUGUUCUUGAAGAUUAUUCACACUUCGGUUUGGGCGGGUCAGAAACGUUUGGGUCAAUUGGCCAAGUGGAAAACUGCAGAAGAAGUAGCUGCUUUAAUUAGGUCAUUGCCAAUUGAAGAACAGCCUAAACAAAUUAUUGUUACACGAAAGGGCAUGUUGGAUCCUCUUGAAGUGCAUUUACUUGAUUUCCCAAAUAUUGUUAUCAAAGGAAGUGAGUUACAACUCCCAUUCCAGGCUUGUCUUAAAUUAGAAAAGUUUGGUGAUUUGAUUCUCAAGGCUACUGAGCCUCAAAUGACUCUGUUUAAUUUGUUCGACGAUUGGCUUAAAACGAUUUCUUCGUACACUGCAUUCUCGCGUCUUAUUCUUAUUUUACGUGCUUUACAUGUGAAUACGGAUAAAACAAAGAUGAUUUUACGUCCCGAUAAAAAUACCAUUACUGAACCUCAUCAUAUUUGGCCAACGUUGUCUGAUGAAGAAUGGAUUAAAGUUGAAGUUGCUUUGAAAGAUUUGAUUUUGGCAGAUUAUGGAAAAAAGAAUAAUGUAAAUGUAGCAUCUCUUACACAAUCGGAAAUUCGUGAUAUUAUCCUUGGUAUGGAAAUUUCCGCACCAUCUUUGCAACGGCAACAAAUUGCAGAGAUUGAAAAACAAACCAAGGAACAGUCUCAACUUACGGCCGUCACUACAAAAACGCAAAAUGUACACGGUGAUGAGAUGAUUGUCACAACAACUAGUAAUUAUGAGACACAAACAUUUUCUUCAAAGACGGAAUGGCGUGUUCGCGCCAUAUCUUCAACAAAUUUACACCUUCGUACCAAUCAUAUUUACGUCAACGCGGAGGAUAUUAAGGAUACCGGAUAUACUUAUGUUUUACCAAAGAACGUAUUGAAACGAUUCAUUCAAGUUGCCGACCUCCGAACCCAAAUUGCUGCAUUUCUUUAUGGAGUAUCACCUCGUGAUAAUGCUCAAGUUAAAGAAAUUAAGAGUUUGGUUAUAAUUCCACAAUAUGGUACGCAUCAAUCAGUAAAUUUACCAUAUGCGUUACCGGAUCACGAAUAUCUCAAAGAUCUUGAACCUCUUGGUCUUAUUGUGACUCAACCAUUUGAGACUGCACAAUUGUCUCCGACAAUUCUAUCGCUUCAUGCAAGAAUUGUAGCAGACAAUAGGAAUUGGGAUGCAGACAAAACAAUUUCGAUGACGGUCUCAUUCACACCUGGAUCUUGCUCGUUGACGGCAUAUAAAUUGACACCUGCUGGUUUCGAAUGGGCUCGUAAUAAUAAGGACACGUCUGUUAAUCCACCAGGUUAUCUUCCAACAUUUGCUGAAAAAGUACAAAUGUUGUUAUCUGAUCGAUUCAUGGGAUUCUUUAUGGUUCCGGAAAAUGAUAUUUGGAAUUAUUCAUUUAUGGGACCUAGUCACAGCGCAUCUAUGAAAUAUACCCUCAAGUUGGAUGUACCGAAAGAAUUUUAUCACGAAUUACACAGGCCGCAACAUUUUCUUAACUUUAGUUCAAUGGAGGAAGAUGUCGAAGCUGAUCGAGAAGACGCAUUUGCUUAG